GGGGAGAGAUGACAAGCACGAAAUCCACUGACGAACUGCCUUGAGGACUAGAGGAGGUAAAUUCAUCUCUUGCUCAAGUGGCUCACUGGUCCUGAAGUGGGAAUCUGUUGCUCCUGAGGAAGAAUGUACUGCAGGAGUGUGUGCUGUCACCGCUGGUCAUCUGAGGAGAGGCUGGAUGGGAAAACGGUCGUCAUCACAGGAGCCAACACCGGUAUUGGAAAAGAAACAGCUAGGGACCUGGCAAGAAGAGGCGCUCGCAUCAUCAUGGCGUGCAGAGACCUGGAAAGGGCAGAGGAGGCCCGGACGGACAUUUUGGAAGACACAGGAAAUGAGAAUUUGGUCAUCAGGAAACUGGAUCUCUCUGACACCAAGUCCAUCAAAGCAUUUGCUGAGCUCAUCAACAAAGAGGAGAAACAAGUGAAUAUCCUGAUAAACAAUGCAGGCAUCAUGAUGUGUCCCUACUCCAAGACUGCUGACGGGUUCGAAAUGCAGUUAGGCGUGAAUCACUUGGGUCACUUCCUGCUGACUUACCUGCUGCUGGACCUCAUCAAGCGUUCAGCUCCUGCCCGUAUUGUCGUCGUGGCAUCGGUGGCCCACACCUGGACCGGGAUUCGACUGGAUGACAUCAACAGUGAGAGGAGUUACGAUACCAUGAAGGCCUAUGGGCAGAGCAAGCUGGCUAACGUCCUCUUUGCACGCUCCCUUGCCAAACGGUUACAAGGUACAGGUGUAAGCGUGUUCUCCCUGCACCCGGGGGUGGUGCAGUCUGACCUGUGGCGGCACCAGCACCAGUGCAUCCAGGUGGCAGUGAAGAUCUUCCGGAUUUUCACCAAGACGACACUGGAGGGAGCACAGACCACCAUCUACUGUGCUGUGGAGCCAGGCCUGGACAGCCAGAGCGGAGGGUACUUCAGUGACUGCGCUCCUGCAAGGUGCUCGAGGACGGCGUCUGAUGACGACUUGGCCCAAAAGCUGUGGGAGAUCAGCUGCAACAUGCUCGGCAUCACCUGGCAGUGAGCAUGUGGCAACGUGACAGUGUAUGCUUUGUAUCAUCUUUUAAAAACAGCACUUUUACGCACUUUUAUAGAGGCAUCGAUGUUACUGUUACUGUUGUGAAACAGGUGUGUUUAAUGACUCAAAGUACAGUACGGUCUUAAAGUCACUAGAUCACCACUAAGAGCUCCUUUAUUUUGUAACAUAUUAAAAUGACUCUGACAUUUCAGUAAAAAUUGGAUUCAUCAAACAAAAUUGCAUCAUGAAAUUUGUCUUUUUAUUGUAGGCUACUUUUUCCUAGCACUAGUUUUAUCUUGAGUGCAGAUGCUUUUCUGUCUUGUUAGUUUGUAAAGGUCUUAGCCAGCCUGGGCUUGCUUUGGAUGAAAAGUCUCUCUUACCUGUACAUGCCCCUUAUAAACUCUCAGCUCCAGUGUGGCAGUGGGACAGUUUUCAACACUGAUGAGAAGAGUUUGGCUCAAAACUGCCUCCAAUUGUACAUCAGUGCGCACAUACAGUAUUGUGAUUGAUAGUUAAAGCACUCAUGACUGUUAGUGUAAUAUGAAGUGGGUCCUGUUCUGCUUUUGUAGCACUUAAAGUAUUAGAAUGUACUUUUAUUAUUAAAAUACAAUGAGGCAUUGGUAUAAAAUGAUUCUAUUUUCAUUUAAGUGUUUUAUUCAACAGCCUUGUAUCAUGCAAUCUGCCUUUUCAGACGCCUUCCUGUCAGCCGAGGGAGGAAAAACGUAAACUUCUGUUAAUGUGACAAUCUGUUAGAUUGGAGAACGUGUUGCAAAGUUCUGCUUGUUUGUGUCUUUUAUGUCAAAGUUACUGUAUUUUGUUCAUGCUAACAUUUCCCAAGCUGUUGGGUUGACAUUUUCAGAUGCAGCAACGUGUGUUCAUUGAAAAGUUAAAAGAGAUUAGGUAAGUUCAGUGUAUUAGUAAUGAGAGAAUUAAGGGUCUUAAAGUCUUAGUAAUACCACCCAAACAGAUGACUGAAUUUAGCUAUGACUCACUCCAGGGUCAAAGCAUUAAAAUGACUAAAAAUAAAGCUGGAGUUGGGCUGCCUUAAUCAAAGCACUGUUUAGUAUUAUUCAUUAUUUUUCUAAUUGAUUAGGGCCGUAAUAAUGUAUGGCAAACAGCACACAUACUUGUCUUGUGCUUGACUGUAAGUGUGGGACUCGUUACACAGUAGAGUCAUUAUAGUGCGGAGCAAAGAUCAAGAGAAAAUGCCAGAAUUCUAUUUACAAACGCUAUCCUAAUCUAAAUCACAUGAUGGAGAAUUUAAGACUAGAGGAAUGUGGCAUGAGCAGUGAGGGGUGGUUACAGGGAGUCUGGGACCAGUGCUCCCUCCAAGCAAUGAGUGUAUUGUGAUUUAGACGUAUAAUCACACUCACAAAACAUCAAUCUCCUAUCAGUCAACUGUCCUGUUUCCAGAAAUGUAGUCUGUAUUGAAAACCAUUUCCUAACUUUAUUCUAAUAAAGUGAUGGUAAAAUAUUCAUACUUACUUCACAAC